UGAGUUCUUUGCCGCCAAACGAGGUCACUUCUUCUGUAAGUCAAACUAAUAUUCUUGAACAUAAUCUUUCUGAAGUUCCUGAAACACCUAAGAAAACUGUGCUAGAAAAGAAAAUUCCGGCCGCAGUUCCUAAAAAGGAAAAGGUGCCGCCAGCUAAAGUGCCAGAAGAACCAAAGAAACCAAUUCCUGAAAAAAGGGUUCCUCCCAAAGCGGCUAAACUAGAAGAGCCUCCCCCCACCAAAGUGACUGAGAGGCACAUGCAAAUUACCCAGGAAGAAAAAGUUCAUGUUGCUGUAACUAAAAGAGAGGAGCCUCCUAGAGCCAGAGUGCCCGAGGAACCCAAGAGAGCUGUUCCAGAAGAAAAGGUUCUCAAACUCAAACCUAAAAAAGAGGAGGCGCCACCGGCCACAG